AUGAUCCAGGAAAGGGAUUUCGUCGACAGGAGGAAGGCUGGUGCGCCUAGUGGGCUGAAGAGCAUGUCGUUCACCAACGAUGACGGGGUGCUCGCAGGGUACGACCUGUCCGAUGAGCUUAUCACAGGCUUGCUGUCCGGCAUCGCCAUAUCCUUCCCGCUUUCUUUCAUCGUGCUUUUGGUUUCGACUCGCAACCUGGUCCUGUCCUUCUACGCGGUGUUCUGCGUGGGCGGCAUUGUGGUGUCCGUCCUCGGUUUCUGCAAGAGCGCAAUGGACUGGGACCUGGGGAUUGGUGAGGCCGUCGCAGGCGUCAUUAUCAUCGGCUACUCGGUGGACUAUGUGGUCCACCUGGCAGUCAUCUAUCGCGAGGCCGCCGACCACGGACACAUAACCAGAGAUGCUAGAACGACCUUUGCCGUUCAAAAUAUGGGAUCCACCAUAUUUGCUGGUGCGCUGACGACGGCGGGCUCGGGCAUGAUCAUGUUCUUCUGCUUCCUCGUGUUCUUUCACAAAAUGGCAAUUCUGAUUUGCGCAACGAUCAUGUUCUCGUUCCUCUUUUCCAUGGGGUUGUUCGUAGCCCUGCUAUAUCUGGUGGGGCCGGAGGGCACCUGCGGCGACAUCUGUUGCCACCGUGCCAAGGCCAUGAAGGCUGUUGCGCCCGUGGACGACGAGAGCAAUACUCAGGUCGUCGACGUCCACACCACGCCCCCGCUGCAGCCGCCAGCGGUGGCGGGCGACGAAGCCCAGUGA